AUGAACGUUCAGACGGCGCCUCGGGUGACACUGCCCGGCGGCGCGCUGGCCACGGCGCAGGCGCGCGGCGACGUGACGCUGCGCUGCGAGGCGCGCGGCCGCCCGCCGCCCGCCGUCGCCUGGCUCAAGGACGGCGAGCCGCUCUCCCCCAACAGCCGCGACAUCGCACUGCUCGACGGAACGUCUCUUCGAAUCCAAGGCGUGCUGCGAGUAGAUGCGGGCAUGUUCCAAUGUGCGGCCAACUCCAUCGCUGGCAGCGCGGUUGCUGCACUCCGACUCGUAGUUCUAGCGCCAGGGAACGAUAGCAACAAGUCUCGAACAUCCCAAAAAACUAAUCUACCCCCGCCUAAAGUACCUUUUUCUAACGCCACUCAUGACAUCUUCAAUAGCCUUGUUUCCUCCGGCAGUCCAGAUCCAAUCUUAGAUCCAACACCAGAAGACCUAGAUUUCCUUGGCGAGACUUCAUCGGCCUACACAUCAAUCCCGGAUGUGGAGUAUGACGAUGCGUACGACUCUGAUGGUGAUAAUUCGUUUCACGCUGCCGAAGGCUUGGAUCUGGAUGAACUUGGGCAAGGGAACGCAAGUGUGGUCUCUGCGCCAAAGGGUUUAAAGGCGGUUAUCGUGAAGCACAGAUUUGUAACGCUCAGCUGGGAGGAACCGGAGCAUAAGGCUGAAGAUAUAACAGGCUAUGCGGUUGUCUACAAAGUAAAGGGAAGCGAACGUGAACGGAUCGCCCGCGGCAACCCUCAGCGGCACGAGAUGAACGUCGCCUCCCUGCAGCCCAACACCACCUACCAGUUCUCGGUGAUCGCAUUCACACAGCAUUCGCACUCGCCAGCCACUGAGAUAAUAGAAGCCACGACGGCUGAGGAGGAACUUACGUAUGGACCACCUCAAGACGUACGAGUGGAAGCUCUAGGUCCUCACAGUAUACGCGUUUGGUGGUCGCCACCGACACAAACUCAAAAUGGCCUGGCCUCCACAGCGCCACCAACCAGAUAUGCCGUGUAUUAUACUGACGAGGAGACUGGGCGAGAGCAGGUCCAGUGGGCGGAGGGCGUUGUCGCUAGUGUAGGUGGGCUGCGGGCGGGGAGCGCGUACCGCGUGCGUGUGGCGGCGGCUGGCGGCGCUCCCGCGCCUGCGCUGCGCGUGCGCACGCCGCACGACGCACCCGCCGCGCCGCCCGUCAACGUCACCGCCACGCCCAGCGGCGCCACGGUAACUGUACCCGCACCUGCACGUGCGCACGCCGCAUCACGCCCCGCCGCGCCGCCCGUCAACGUCACCGCCACGCCCAGUGGCGCAACGGUAACUGUACCCGCACCUGCACGUGCGCACGCCGCAUCACGCCCCGCCGCGCCGCCCGUCAACGUCACCGCCACGCCCAGUGGCGCAACGGUAACUGUACCCGCACCUGCACGUGCGCACGCCGCACGACGCACCCGCCGCGCCGCCCGUCAACGUCACCGCCACGCCCAGUGGCGCAACGGUAACUGUACCCGCACCUGCACGUGCGCACGCCGCAUCACGCCCCGCCGCGCCGCCCGUCAACGUCACCGCCACGCCCAGUGGCGCAACGGUAACUGUACCCGCACCUGCACGUGCGCACGCCGCAUCACGCCCCGCCGCGCCGCCCGUCAACGUCACCGCCACGCCCAGCGGCGCCACGGUAACUGUACCCGCACCUGCACGUGCGCACGCCGCAUCACGCCCCGCCGCGCCGCCCGUCAACGUCACCGCCACGCCCAGUGGCGCAACGGUAACUGUACCCGCACCUGCACGUGCGCACGCCGCAUCACGCCCCGCCGCGCCGCCCGUCAACGUCACCGCCACGCCCAGUGGCGCAACGGUAACUGUACCCGCACCUGCACGUGCGCACGCCGCAUCACGCCCCGCCGCGCCGCCCGUCAACGUCACCGCCACGCCCAGUGGCGCAACGGUAACUGUACCCGCACCUGCACGUGCGCACGCCGCAUCACGCCCCGCCGCACCGCCCGUCAACGUCACCGCCACGCCCAGUGGCGCAACGGUAACUGUACCCGCACCUGCACGUGCGCACGCCGCACGACGCACCCGCCGCGCCGCCCGUCAACGUCACCGCCACGCCCAGUGGCGCAACGGUAA